AUGUAUAGUUUCAGGGUAGCCGAUAACACAAUUUCACUCAUAGUCUGUGAAGUGUGCUCUGCCAUCAUCGAGGAGUUCUCAGACGAGCUUGUUAGGUGCCCCACCAGUCCUCAAGAAUGGAAAACGGUUGCACAGGGCUUCGAAGAUCGGUGGAACGCUCCUCACACCAUUGGAGCCUUGGACGGCAAACAUAUUGCCAUCCGAUGUCCCGCUGAUAGUGGCUCCAUCUUUUACAACUACAAGGGCUUUUAUUCGCUAGUUAUGAUGGCCUUAGUUGAUGCCCAGUACAGGUUCCUGUGGAUCGAUGUGGGAGCUGAGGGAUCUACGUCAGAUGCGCAGCUUUUUAACUCUUGCGAACUAAGGUAA